AAUGGCCCCGGGAUCACCUGCGGCAUCAGCCCCGGCAUCUCCGCGGUUCCCGGCGUCGUCCCGGGGUGCCGGUCCCGCCGCGCACCGCCGGGUCGCCAUGCCGCGGCUGGAGGUGGACCGGGCCUUCCCCCGCUCGCCGCGGGGCGCGCUGAAGAUCGCCCGCACGCUCGUGGCGCUGGCCGCCCUCGUCUGCUUCGUGGUGGCGGGAUCGCACCAGGCCUACACGGCGCUGGCCAGCAUGGAGACGGCGAUCACCGUCCUGUUCCUGCUGCUCUACCUGCUGAGGCUCGACGAGCGGAUGCGGUGCCUCUUCUGGCCGCUGGCUGAUAUUUUCAACUCGAUGAUUGCAGCAUUGUUCCUCCUCGUUGUGAGCUUGUUUGCAAUAAUAAUCAAGACCAACAAGGGGACAUUGGCUGGAGGAGUGUUGGGUCUUAUAUUGCUUGUUCUCUGCCUUGCCGAUGCGAUUCUUCUUUUCAAGAAGAUUAGCCAUGAUAAAUCAAGAGGAAGGAGUGCUCCUGCCAAAUAGGAUUGAUGUGUUGGUGAAAGAAUGAGUUCUCCAUUCUGUUUUCUCACUCUCUUUUAAGGAAUUUGUGUUUUCACAUGCACACUUUUGAAUUUCCUGCUCACUGAUGUUUCUGCAGGUAUCCUUCGUAAGGUUUCAUACUUUUCCAAAUGCAGUUUCAGCGUUGCAAUUUUACCAGUUAAAGCUUCAGAGAAAAUUGUCAUGUUUUUCUAAAGUUAAUUACAUUUUUAUCUGUAUGAAAAUUAUUUUCAUGGUUGUCUUCUUUCUCUAAUAAAAAGAAAAAACUA